CCUACAGAGCAGCAUAGAGCUUUGCAGUUGACGUGCCACCAUUUAGAAAGUAGUUGGUUUCAAAAUGGGGAGCACAGAAAGACUCUGCUUGAUAGUUGUAAUUUUGUAUAUCAGCCAGACAGUGGCCCGUGGAGGACCUGGUUCUGUCUCUGUAGUCCUCAGGGGGCCAGAAUAUGCUUACCUCAACACUAAAAUUAGGUUGAGUUGUGAGAUUUUGGGAUCUCCUCCUCCAUCGGCCACAUGCCAGUUCAUGAAGGUGAAAAAUAUCUCCCUCACCACCCCGCAAAAAUCCUCAUCUCCCCCGCAGCCUUUCUUACAUGAUCUAAAGGUGAUGACUAAAUCCACUGGAGAAUACUACUGCAUUAUGACAACACUUGGAAAAACAGUUACCAGCAACAUUCUUCACCUAUAUGUAGUGAUUCCUGUUUCAGGAGCCAGCCUCAGGUCUGUCCCUAGUCCUCCUACAGAGUUUAAAGGAUCCUCGAUGGCUCUCUUCUGUGAUGUUCAGAAAGGGUCCCACCUCUCCUACACCUGGUUCCACAACAGGAUCAAAGUGACAGCUCCUUCUUCGGUCACGUAUAACCUCUCAGGCAACUCGCUCACUGUGGACAGGCUCAGAAAUUUGCACGCUGGGACUUACUACUGCUCUGCCUGGAACGACAUUGGACUUAACCCACGCUACUCCAGCAGUAAUGAAAUACAAGUGGCAGUUAAAGAUUACCUUACUGUGCCUAAUCUCUCUGUUACACUCUUCAAAGAAAACUCCAAAUACUAUGCCAACAUAAGUUGUGAGUCCGCUCAGGGUACAGUACCUGUUACAUUUGUGCUGCUGCUGUCGGGCCGGGAGGCUGAUCGACAAAUCACCAAUUCCCUCUCUGCAUGGUUCAGAGUGGCACUGGUGGUAGGAAUGGAGACAGUCACAGCACAAUGCAGGGCAGAGACAAGUUAUCGGCAACUCAACAGCGAUACUAGGAAUAUAGAAAUGGUAUCUGUAGGAGGCCCUCUGCAUCUGCACAUUGAUUAUUUGUACAAUAUCAAUUGGGAAGUGGUGGCAGUGCGGUUGGAAUGCCAUAUCAGCAGAGGUACCUUCCCUUCCUACCUCUGGCUCCAUAACAACUCAUUCAUGACGCAGCGUUCCUGCUCUACAAUCUCCAAUGAUCUCCAGUGUCAUGUACUCUUACUGACGGACGUCACGCCUGUACACUUUGGACAUUAUCAAUGCCACGUUAGGGACAGCUUUGAAGAAAACUCUUCCUGGUUGCAAAGUGACGUGGUCCUCGUGGAGGGAGCAGAUUUCCCAGGAAAUGUGAUUGAGGUCAUCGCUGUUGCAUUUUGCUGUUUCUUGAUGCUUGCCAUGAUCACAAGCUUGCUCUGUCUACUGUGGUUGUCAGGUUCAGCCGUACAGCCACAGCAUAUGGCCGCAUCUGAACAUCAUAGGUGAAAGAGUGUAUCUGGGAGAGCAACUGGCUAGAAUGGAGCUGUUCCUGUUCUUCACCUCUCUGCUGCAGCGAUUCUCCUUCUCACCACCAGAUGGAGUUGAACGCAGCUUGGAGUCCAAACUUGCAUCCACUAUCUGCCCCCAACCCUACCAACAGUGUGCCGCUCCUCGUUGAGAUGCAGAAGAACAUAGUGGCCUUUCUCUGUUUUAGUGACAGUGUUUUAGUGGGUGCUAUUACACAAUGGGCAAAUAUUAAUUGAAACAGUCAUUUCAGUAAACAACUAACUGUUUGAUAGAACAUUUGACUAUGUUACAUCCUAUUUUCUUUUAAGGCUUUCUGCCUUCUUCUUGUGGAGUUAGAAACUCAUUCUGAAAUUCACCCUGUUUUCGCAAUGGUGAAGAUUAGUGGAUUGUAGUGGUGUCAACAAUAAUCGAUUCGGCAAUGCAUCGCAAUGCGGGGCAUGAACAAUUCAAUUCAAUGCGGCAAAUGCCAUAAUUGAUGCAGCAUAUUUUUUCAAGUUUCAAUUACUUCUGUGUAUAUUUCUGGAGCAAAUGAUUGUUAAAUUAAAUAAAAGCACUCUAAAGCAUUGAAAACUUCAAGACUGAUGCAGAAAACAGCCAAUAAAAUGUUGCUUAGUAUCUGACUACUUGUAUUGCCUCAUCAUGACAGAUGAAAUAUUUGCUUUGCUUUCAGUAGAAAUGUAAUACAUUGCAAUGCAUUGUAGAAUUGAAUCGAAUCAAAUUAAAUCGAAUCACCAGAGAGAGUAGAGAGAGAGAGAGAGAGGUUCCGUUGGCCCAUUGUUUCCGGGUUCUACAAUUGCAAGGGGGAGGGGGGAAAAUCCUAGCCUGUGAACUCCCAUACUGCCUUUAUGUAACCGACCUACUGUCUACCUGUCUGUGUGUUGUCCUCUUGGAGCCACCGUAGCUCCUCCUCUAGAUGACACACCCCCUCCAGGUAGCAGGUUGGUGGCUAUUCAGCAAUUAGCUUUCCAUUGACAAAAAGGGCACUAACUGGCAGGUUAGGCACAAGCCCUGCCAUCACACUGCUGCCCCGCUCCUCGCUGCUUUAAUUAAGAAGCGCUCCGCUUCUGCAGCUUAUUAAACGCUUUCGGGUAGACUGGACCCAGCUACCAAAGGUUUAAUCUUGAGGAUGCUGUGGGUAGGCAGAAGUUUUGGCUGUCAUCUGUGCCUCAGUCCUCGCUGCUUUUAAUUGGAGGUAUGUUUUAUUGUUUACCUGUGUGCUACUGUGUAUAUAUUUAUGUGUAGCCAAACUUCAUGACCUGUUUUACAAACAGGGACGCCUCUGCAGCAUGCCAAACGCUUAUGAGUAGGCUUGGAACUACUGAAGGUUUGGCUUGGAGGACACCGAGAGCACUGCUGUUUGUUUGGCUGAGUGUCAAGCAUACAUGGUAAUUAGUCUCAUGUUUUACUAUAAUGUGUUAAUGCAGUAGGCUAAGUGAAUGUUUCAAAUGUCUGACUUAUUUGUGGCUAGCGCCCUACUAACUGCAGCUGUGUAUGUUCUCAUGUGAGUAGGCAUCCACUGUGAUGAUGGCUUGAAGUGCCAGAUGCCAUUGGUUGGGCCUGAGUCUGAUGUAUGAGGUAAUGUUUGCAUACCUUGUUCAUACUAAAUGUGUAAACAUUCUAAACAUUGAAUUUGUAUCUUGUUGCUCCUAAUUUUGAUAUUGUAAUUGCAAGAAUAACCUUUGUAAGAGCACUCUGAGAAAUGUGGAUAUUUUAAGUGAACAUGCAGCUAACUGUGAUUUUGUCUCAGCAGAGAUGCUACUGCUGCUUUGCCUUGCCUGAAUUUUAUAGAUCCAGUUAUUGCCCUGUUUUGUUAUUUUGAAUUUCUUUUAGUUUGUUAUUUUCUUAUGCUUAACUGCUGCUGCUGUACAGCUCCACCACCCCAUGGCCUUGGGAGGUAUCGACUGCCACUAUUAGUUAGUAGUAUCUAAAUUGAAUGCCUCCAAUGGUUGGUCCCACCUAGCCUGUUUGAUCUUUCUAUAACCUGGGCCGUUCUCUUUGCGCACGUCCCCAUAUUUGUAGUGGUAAAUGAGCACCAUAGUGUUUGCUGUGAUUAUGCUUGUACUAGUGCUUUGAGUCUGUUAGCACCAUCAAUGGCCAGGUAACCGACCAAUCCUUGGAGCUGCUUUAGUCCAGCCCUAUUGUUGGUAAUGUAAUAGUGGUAAUCUGAGUGGCAACCUUUAUUUAACCCAUUGUGCGCCAUACAUUAGGUUGUUUAUCAGCAGCAUAUUCCUGUGUAUGUUUCAAUAAAUAUUGUAUUUGUUUUGGACUGAAA